AUGGACUCAGACUAUGCAAGAAUGAAGCUAGAGGCUAUCAAUCAGCAUUGGGCCUUUGGAAAAGAAGGUGCUAUAGACAAGAAGGAUGAAGAGGAUGAAAAAGUGAGCUCUGGAGAUGACAACAGGAGGUCCAGUAAGAGAGCUUCUUUCCAUUUCCCUCACAGCCAACCUGUGGAGACUCAUAAGGCUGUUGAGCCUGUCACUGAUAUCCCACAAGAAUCCAAUGAAAACACUCCAGGGCCUCCUCAGCCUUCUCUUCCCAGAGUGCGUAUGAGAACCAGAGAGGAUCAGGACAGUGAUGAUCCACAGAGAACGCUAAAACAACCCAGAACAAAUUCAGGAUGGAAGAAGAGAUCAUCUAGAGAAGAAACUGCUUCAACUGACGACCACUCUCAGAGUCUGAAAACAUCCAGACAUUCCAGUGAGAAGCAGAAUGUGAACUCAAUCACACCAGCUACCCCUGACCUUGGGAAGAAGUCUUCAAGUGUGAGACACAAACAGGCAAGUCCCUCUUACAUAAAAAGGAAUCACAACGGAGAGACGCCACUGUACUUAGCUGCCAUACAGGGUGAUGUGGAGGAGGUCCGUAAGCUCCUUGCUCAGGGAGCCAACCCCAACCUGAAGGACAAUGCAGGCUGGACACCACUGCAUGAGGCUUGUAAUCUGGGUCACCUGGGAGUGGUGGAGGAACUGCUCCAGGAGGGGGCGCUGUUGAACACUCCAGGCUAUCAGAACGACUCUCCACUGCACGAUGCUGUAAAGAAUGGGCAAAUAAAGGUGGUCAAGCUCUUGGUUGAACGAGGCGCGUCCCAAAAUGUACUGAAUGUGUUUGGCCUGCGGCCGGUGGAUUAUGCACUGAUUCCAGAAAUGCAGGAGGUCCUAAUAAUGGCCCAGGAGGCACCCCAUCCUGUAACAACCACCCGAGCCCUCCCGCCAACCUCAGUAAGGUCCAUGACCCAAACCCGCCUCACAAACAAACACACUCAAAACAAACAGAUACAAAUUGCUGGUAGUAUACUCCUUGGAGGGAAACAAGUGAAGUCCUUUUCUAGUGCAGUCACCCAUGUGGUUGUAUCAGAUGUUCCCAUCAUGCCCUCUACCCUGACCACACUCCACUAUAUGUUGAAUGUAUGGCUGGUAAAUCUGCUAUGGGUGAGUUGUAGCCUUCAGGCAGGCAGCUGGGUCAGGGAGAGCGAGUACGAGGCAGGUGACGGCCCCCUUCGUGCCCGCGUGAACAGAGGCAGCCUGCUGCCUCCCCUCUUUGAUGGCUGCUUCUUCUACAUGCUGGGCUCCUUCUGCAAGCCACCUAAAGACAAGCUUAUUCAGUUAGUGAAAGAAGGAGGAGGACAGCUUCUGAAUCGCCAGCCCAAACCCGAGAGUGACGUCAUGCAAACCCUGAGCAUGGCAGCAUACCAUGCCCAGCCUCCUUCAGACCAGGUUCUCUGCACCCAGUAUAUCUUGUAUGAUCCUCAGAGCUCCUACAAACUCCAGAAGGUCCGGGUAGGUAAGGUUUGGUCGGCUCCAUCCACGUGGCUUCUGGACUGCAUAGCUGCCUUUCAACUCCUGCCAGUGCUUGAGCACUAG